ACCGACUUUACCUGAUCCAGUGAAGAGAACGUAGGCGCUAAAGUGAACCAAUGGAAAUUGCAAACUGCUGUCAAACAUUGUGCUUAACACAAAAAUACACAUCUGCAUCUUAAAAGUAGUCUUUAUUUUUCCUCAGGUUCUGCCUUCACCCUAAAGGUCCAGGUGAAUGACAUGUGGAAUCGUGACUACCUGAGCCAGGCAUUGGUGGAAGUCUAUGUUAACUACACUUGGACCAGUGAAGCUCUGACUGGAGAAGAUGGUACUGCUACUGUUGCUGUACCUUAUCAAACCGGACUGCCAAUCACAGUCGUUGCCAGCAAGGAAGGCUACAUAUGGAUGCCCCUACCUUAUAAAACCAGCAGAAUGCCAAUAUUUUCUUCAGUGACAAUGUCGCUACUCCGUCUGACUCAAGGCAACAUCUGGUUCUUUGAAGAUUCUGUAUUGAUCACUUGCAAAACAUCUGGUGCUUCAUCUCAGGCUAUUGUCACAUUUUCCAAGAACCUUCUAAAUCUAACAGACAGCCGUGAUAUCACCUCAAUAAAGGCUUACCUCACCAUUCCUGCACUGUCCUCAGAGGACAGCAGCUUUUUGAACACUCUGGGCAUCAUGAGCACCAAAUCAGGUUACAUAAGUGUGGAUUUGAGUCCAGUGGCAGUCGUCAGUGUUCAACUCUUCUCCAGCGACACAGAGUUACAUGUAAGUGGGCCAAUACAAAUCAGUCUCAGUGUUCCUGACAGCUUCAGACUUCAAACUUCAAAUGUGGUUCCUGCCUGGUUCUUCAACCGGAUGACUGGCGGAUGGAUGAAAAAGGGUCACGGAAUGGUGUUGUCAGUAGCAGGGAAGCAUAUGUGGACAUUCACAGCUCCACACCUUGGCUAUUGGAUUGCAGCACCUUUGUCAUCCAACAGAGAUUUCCUGGGAUUUGUUGAAUUUGUUAACUUCAUCGUACACCGGUCGUCUUUCCUGAUGGUUUUCCUUUGUGGGAUGCUUGUCGUUGUCACCUGUCUUCUUGUUGGGUUGUUGUACUAUCACAGAAGCUUCCGCUGUAAAACCAAGACACAGAAGAACCACCCUGCCACAGUGAUGACAAAAGACCAGACCACGUCGACACAAGACAAAGAACUCUCUGAAGAAUCUUCAGCAGAUUCACAUGUGCAGGAUGAAGAUGGGGAAGAUAUCCAGCACAAUUCCUUUGUCAUAUCCAUGCGCAAUGACAUGGCCAACCAUAGAUCAAGACAUGGAUUGAUCCAGUUUGAUGAAAAUGCUGUGGCUGUUGUGUUGGAAUGUGUUGCACAGGAGCAGAGCGCAGACCCCCAUGAUCUCAUGCGAUUACACAAAAACCCGCAGCAAAUGAAAUUUACAGCAGAGGAUUUGUUUUAUUACAAAAAGUCACCUGUCACCAUUCUUCAUUCGCCAGCAAUUUUCCACGUGGAGGAGCAACCGGAGCAGCCAAAGUGGAGCAAGUCAGCAACCCUACCUCGUGCAGGAGCUUUAAACAGGGCUGCCGGUGAACCUCCCAGCAAGGACUAUGUCAUCUUGACUACCCAGCCCACACAGAACCAGGCUGCAGAAACCAAAGAGCAGCUGGAGGUUCUCGAAGACUCUGAAGAAGCAUCUUGCAACACAUCAUGGGGUCACUUUGGCAUGCCCGAGUCAGUGUCAGUGCCUGGAACAUUAAAUCAAAUUGGUAACAACCGACGUUCCUGCACAGGCAGGGAGCACCAGGGGAAUUCAGUACAUACUUUGGCAGAGCUUUCUAAAAUCCCUUCACCCCAGCCUCCUCGAGCCUGGUUUGUGUCACUGGAAGGCAAACCUGCAGCUGAGAUCCACUACGCCGUGUCAGAACAGCACAGGAGACGGAGGCCAGUGGACAGCCGAGAAACCAGUUUUGAUUCUGGGGUGGACAUGAGUGAAAUGAACCAGGCAGCUGGUAGGAGGGCCGUGACACUACAGCGCAAUGCUACUUUUGUCAAAAGUGCCCCAAGCAGUAAUCAUUGACUUUCCUAGCACAACCCACAGUAUCUGAUCAUUACAUAGCCAGAGGUUGGUGAACACACUUGACAAAUCCUUUUCCUUUUAAAUAAUUUUGCACAUCCAGUGUCAUUUAAUGCUAGUUGUCCCAAAUGAUCAGUCAUGAAGUUGCAUGUUUUAACCCUCUAAAGCUGGUCGUGCACUACAUGAUGGUGUGAUAGGAAUGUGCGUUACCGCAGUUUUGCAUAGAUGUUGCAGUGUGUACAUGGUGACUGCAAUACAGUUCCAUUUGUUGGUGAAAUGGGGCCAAAUCACGAGAACUGGAAUAAUUAAUCAAUCAACUAUUAAUUGAGUACUAAAAUAAAUCAAAUAAGUAAGUCCCUUCAGCUGCACCCUUGUUUACACUCAGGGUCACCACAGCAAAUCUGAGAUGGAUCUACAUAUUGAA